UCGCCACCGACGCUUCUUGCCCUCAACCAUACCACUCGCCACCACCGCCACCUAACUUUUACUUGCCCAUUUACCGUCACCAUCUCUCAUGGCUCCUAAACCCGCUUCCACCGCUGGCAAAGCCCCAGUCUCGACCGCUUCCAAGGCUCCAGCCAAAUCGACGGAGGGUGCAAAGGCAGCCAAGAAGACAGCGAAAGCCGCAGCGCCUGCUGAUGGGGAGAAGAAGAAGCGAAAGAAGGUCCGAAAGGAGACUUACUCCUCAUACAUCUACAAAGUCCUUAAACAGGUCCACCCCGACACCGGUAUCUCCAACAAGGCGAUGGCCAUCCUCAACAGCUUCGUGAACGAUAUCUUCGAACGGAUUGCCACUGAAGCUUCUAAACUCGCUGCCUACUCCAAGAAGUCCACCAUCUCAUCACGCGAAAUCCAAACAUCAGUGCGACUCAUUCUGCCCGGUGAACUCGCCAAACACGCAAUCUCAGAAGGAACCAAGUCGGUAACGAAGUUCUCAUCGGCGGGCGCGAAGUAAAAUGUUUUGGAUCUCUGUCUUUCCUCACGCAUUCUGUACAGCACUGUAUUUAUGUUAAUUAUCUCCCAUCAAUUCUCAUUUACAUUCUACGGGGUCAAAUCAA